UGUUUUUACUUAGCAAAGGUCAUAAAAUCUCAGUAACAAGCUGUAAUAUAUUUAGAUAAUUAAGGACCAAAACACUUAAAACAAGUGAAACAGUCGAACAUAAAAGAUGCUGAAUAAGAAGAACUAUCUUAUCAGACAAAAAAUAAGAAUGUAUCCCCUUGAUCUAAGAUAUAAGAGAUAUAUCUUACUUAGAUUUCAUUUUUUGCAGUGUGGGAUAAUGUUCACAUACUCAUGUAUAAAUGUAUAUGUGUUUAGCUCUCUACCAGGGGUCCAGGAUACAUUCAUGACAUAUAUGGUUUAUGACGAUAUCCUGACCCUCAGCCUGGUGCAGGAGGCUUGCUCACUCAUGGAUGUCCCUGCUGAUGUAUUUCUGAAGCUUUUUGGAGAACAUUUCUUUGGUUUCUGUAAGCAAGCAGGCUAUGACACCAUGCUGAGGACACUGGGUGGAAAUCUUGUUGAAUUCAUUGGAAAUCUGGACGCUCUCCACAGUUACCUGGCUCUGUCCUAUCAGGAAAUGAAUGCACCGUCUUUCCGAGUGGAGAUGACAGAUGAUGGAAAGAUGUUACUUCAUUACUAUUCUGACAGGAAGGGCCUCUACCAUAUUGUACCUGGUAUCAUGGAGGCAGUUGCCAGAGAGUUUUUUGAUAGCAAAGUGACCAUGGUGGUUCUGAAUCAAUCAGAGGAAGACGAGCGCACAGGGAAGAAGGAGCAUGUUGUGUUUCUGGUCAAACAGACACCCCAAGCUAUUAAGACCAGAGAUGAGGAGCAGUCCACUCAUAGAUGGGAGACAUUAUUAUCAACAAUGAGGGAUCGGCGUGUGUCACGGGCAGGGAAAAAGAGCGGCUGGGACCUGAUCAGAGCUGUCGUUCUUUCAGAAAAAGGCAUUAAUGACACCUUCAGUCCAUGUUACCCUGACAAGCUGUGGGUGGAAGAGAAAGCUUUCUGCAAUGCUUUUCCCUUCCAUAUCGUCUUUGAUGAGGAUCUGAAGGUUCGGCAGACGGGGAUAAACAUACAAAAGUUUCUUCCAGGUCUUCAGGUGCGAGACGCUGCGUUGAAUCAAUUCUUCACCAUUAUACACCCACAGGUGACUUUUACCAUUGAGAGCAUCAGGAAAUUCAUCAAUAGUCAAUUUGUCUUGAAGAGCUACACAGACAAACACACCACGCUCAAACUAAGAGGUCAGAUGUUGUGGAUGGAGCAUCUCGGCUGUAUGUUGUACCUGUGUUCUCCGAAGCUACGAAGCCUCCAGGAACUUCAGGAUGUAGGUCUCCACCUGGCUGACCUGGCCCAGCACGAUGUCACCAGAGACUUGGUUCUUCUCAACCAGCAGCGUCUAGCUGAGAUGGAGCUCACCAACCAGCUGGAAAGGAAAAAAGAGGAAUUAAGAAUCCUGUCACGGCACCUUGAGGCUGAAAAAGAGAAGACUGAGACGCUGCUGUAUGCCAUGCUGCCACGCCACAUAGCCAAUCAGCUUAAAGACGGGAAGAGCGUAAAGGCAGGGGAGUUCGAGGAGUGCACUAUUUUGUUCAGUGAUGUGGUAACCUUCACAAACAUCUGUGCGGCAUGUGAGCCCAUCGAUAUUGUUCACAUGCUCAACUCCAUGUACUCCAAGUUCGACCGACUCACCAACGUACACGACAUCUACAAGGUUGAGACUAUUGGUGAUGCGUACAUGGUGGUGGGUGGCGUUCCAGUCCCGACAGAAAGCCAUGCUCACAGGGUGGCAAACUUUGCUCUAAGUAUGAGGAUCGCUGCCAGAGAGGUCACUAACCCUGUAACAGGCGAACCCAUACAGAUUCGUGUGGGAAUCCAUACUGGUCCAGUGUUAGCUGGAGUGGUGGGGGAGAAGAUGCCUCGCUACUGCCUGUUUGGAGACACUGUUAACACCGCCUCCAGGAUGGAGAGUCACGGACUCCCUGACCACAUUCACCUCAGCACUACCACAUACAGUAAGCUGAAGGAUGCUGGGUUCAACAUAAAAGAGCGUGGGCAGAUUGAGGUGAAGGGCAAAGGCCUGAUGACCACUUACUUCCUGUUGGGGAACCCGUUGGUGUCAGAAGAUAGCAUCAUGGGAAGAGAGGUCGAAGGGAGCUGUCUUUACAGGGAGGACCUUCAUGACCAGAGCAAAAAAGACGGAGUCGUUGCUCCAGACCCAGAACAUUUGGAGUCAAUCCCUCCCUUUGCCUGGGACAUCACGCCACCCUAUGAGACCAACGAGAACACCUCCAACACAUCUGCAAACAACUUCAACAGCCGACUUUGCGUUUUAUUUUGACUGAGAACCCCCUGAGCCUCUGAUUCAUUAACUGAUCAGGGUUCAGGCAACACACAAGAAUAUGCAACUUUAAUAAUUACAAUUUUAGUGUCUGGGAGAAAAUUAGCGAAUGUGUCAUGUAAAUGAAGUUCCUAGGAUUGGUAAUAAGACCCUUUAACCCUUGUGUAGUCCUCCUGUCGACUAUGCACCCAUGGUCCUCAAGAGUCAAAAAGGACCCCAUGACACAAGACUGGUUUUAGGACAUGUAGAAAAAAAGGUUUUUUUUUUUCUUUUCUUUUACCUUUUAAGGCAACUCAUGACCAACAAAUUGAUAUGUAAUUUUCAUAUUUUUGACCCCUGAGGACCAUGGGUGUGACUUUUUUUUUGCUCUCAUCUAAAAAUGUACAAUGUUUUCUAAACAUAAGUUUCACUAAAAGUUGACAUAACCUACUCUAACCCAUAAAGAUUUUUUUCCCACUAUAACUACUUAAAAAAAUAUUCAGGUUCUAUUACUUUUUUCUCUUGAAAUGAGACGUAAUUAUUUUAUAUUUGACUAAAAUUGAGCAAUAAUAAUGAAAAAAA